UUCUAAGCUCGUAACGAGAAAGCUGCUGCUGCCAUCUGUGAGCGUGAUAUCUAACCUCCAAUCAACCGUUCAACGAAACCUUUUCUGACAGUGACUGAAAUAAUGACACAGAGCAGCUGACCUAACCUCACCCUCAAAUGUUCUACUUGCUGUAUUGUACACGUUUUCUUUUGUAAGGAAUUUGUUUUUCCUUAAAUGAUGAAUUGAAUGUGUCGUGGUGUUGUAAAUGACGUAAUCGCAGGACUAUUUUCGAGGUAUUAUCAAAAGAUUCGGUGGUUCGUUGAAUAAUAGCAGAUAAUUAUGUCUAAACGGUCUCAACCCAGUUGGAACCCGCCGCAAGGCAAUGGUAAGCCCGUUCUAAAACUAUACAACAGUUUAACAAGGCAAAAAGAAGUGUUUGUGCCUACUAGUGGGAACAGAGUAACUUGGUACAGCUGUGGACCAACAGUUUAUGAUGCCUCACAUAUGGGACAUGCAAGGCCCUACCCAGAGUAUUACACGAUAAAACUUGCAUAUCAAACCCAACCUGUUUUACCUAUCAGCUGUAGAUAUAAACCACUAGAGGGUUAAUAUGAAUUAUUUGUUCUAGAUCUUACAUAACUUUUGAUAUACUCCGAAGAGUGCUAACAGAUUAUUUUGGAUAUAAUAUUUUCUAUGUUAUGAACAUUACUGAUAUUGAUGAUAAGAUCAUCAAAAGAGCUAGACAAAACUACUUAUAUGAAAAAUAUAUUAAGGAAAAUCAUAACUUAGAAAAAGUGAUAGAUGAUUCAAAACAAGUUUUAGAAAACUUGUCCAGUAAGGUGAAGAAAGCUGCAGAUCCUGAUAAAAAACAUAUGUAUGAAAAACUGUUAACAAGGCUAACAUCAUCCAUAGAAAACCUUGAGAAAGCAGUUAAGUCUGGUAAAAAUGGGGUGAUUGAACAGUCUAAAGCAACAUUCCUAGAAGAUUGCAAAGAUCCAUUAUCUGACUGGCUUGACAUCCAGUAUGGCAGCACAGUGACAGAUAAUGCCAUAUUUACAACAUUGCCUAGGCAUUUUGAGGCAGAGUUUCACAAAGAUAUGCAAGCCCUCAAUAUACUUCCACCCAAUGUCCUAACAAGAGUUAGUGAAUAUGUUCCAGAAAUUGUAGCAUACAUACAGAAAAUAAUCUCAAAUGGCUAUGCCUAUGCUUCUAAUGGAUCAGUCUACUUUGAUGUAGGGGCUUUUGAUAAAAAGGAUAACCACCAUUAUGCAAAAUUAGUUCCUGAAGCAUAUGGAGAUACAAAUAGUUUGCAGGAGGGAGAAGGUGACCUAACAACAACCCAGCAUCUCUCCGACAAACGUUCUCCUAACGACUUUGCUCUAUGGAAACGAAGUAAACCUGGCGAACCUGCGUGGGAUUCACCUUGGGGUCAGGGUAGGCCAGGCUGGCACAUAGAAUGCUCAGUAAUGGCAUCAGAGAUAGCUGGGAACACUUUGGAUAUACACACAGGUGGAAUUGAUCUUAGGUUUCCGCAUCAUGAUAAUGAGAUUGCCCAAACUGAGGCAUACUUUGAAACUCCAGAAUGGGUAAAGUAUUUCCUGCACUCAGGCCAUUUGACAAUUGCUGGCUGCAAGAUGUCGAAAUCCCUGAAAAACUUUGUCAGCAUACAGCAAGCUUUAGCGAAAUACAGUGCUAGGCAGUUGAGAUUUGCGUUUCUUUUACACUCGUGGAAAGACACUCUGGACUACAGUCAAAAUACUAUGGAAUGUGCUUUACAAUAUGAAAAAAUGUUCAAUGAAUUCUUUUUAAACAUCAAGGACACUAUAAGACCCUUAUGUCAAGAAGUAUCUUCAAUUAAUAGUUUUACAAAAUGGAAUAAUCAAGAUAUCCAAUUGAAUUGUAAGUUCCUAGAGGUUCAAGAAAACGUUCACGCUGCACUUUGUGAUAACGUGGAUACUAGAGGAGCCUUAGAUUCUCUGAGAGACAUAGUAACAAGUAGUAAUAUUUAUUUACGGGAACGUAAGCCACCAAAUAUGUUACUUCUGAAAGAUAUUGCCACAUAUGUAACAAAAAUAUUAUCCGUUUUUGGGGCUAUUUCUGAGCCUGCGAAGAUAGGCUUCCCUGUUUCCACUAGCACUUCAAACAACGUGGAGUGUGUAAUAAUGCCUUAUCUGUCCAUACUAGCAGAAUUUAGAGACAAUAUUAGGAAUUCUGCUAGGAAGUUGAAAGCCACAGAAAUCUUGAAAGAGUGUGACAAUCUCAGGGAUGAAGUUUUACCAAAUAUUGGGGUCAGAUUAGAGGACAGAGAGGGCGGUCCAAGUGCAGUGAAGUUAGUAGAUAAGGAAACAUUGCUUAAAGAAAAAGAAGCUAAAAGGAAAGCAGAACAAGAAAAAGCUGCAGAAAAGGAGAGGAAGAAAGCUGAAAUGGUUGCAGCUGCUGCAGCUAAAGAAGCCCAGAAAAAGAUACCACCUAGCGAGUUAUUCAAAAAAGAGACUGACAAAUAUUCAAAGUUUGAUGAUGAUGGUUUACCUACCCACGAUGCAGAAGGUAAAGAGAUCAGCAAAGGGCAGUUAAAGAAAUUACAAAAGUUAUACGAGGCACAGAAAAAGAGAUACCAGGAAUAUUUGGAAUCUCAAGCAAACGCUUCAUAAAAUUAAUAUGUUUUAGUAGUAUGCCACUCUUCGUUUACGGAAGGAUCGCAUUUCAAAACAGUAUUUUCGCGAUUAUUUUAUUUAUCCUUAUUUAUAAUAAAAUACAUUUACAACAAAGCUUUAAACGUGUUGCAAUCCAUGAGGAAACACGUUGCAACAUAAAUAUGGUAUGGUAUUAUAUUUCUGAACACAGCCAACAUAAACCUUUGCUUCUUGUCUCAUUUGAUGUGACCUAUUAACAACAUUAUAUUAUUUUGUGGACCAUAUUUAAAAACUUACAAAAUCAACAAAAACUACCAGUAUAUUUUGCACACAUUGUGAAUCAUGUUAAAAAAUGAUUAUCCAUGACGUUAGUAGUUAUUGUUUACCAGUUUGCACUUAAAUAAAUAAAUGGUGAUUUUUUCCUGAUUAUGUCUUGCAUU